AUGUCUGGUAAAUCUCGGCCCCCUCUUCCUUUAACGCCAGACCAAAAUCAAAAUGUAGUUGAAAAAAAUGGUGAUAAUACGGGAGAAUAUACUCCUAAUAAAUUCUAUAAUGAUGAUGGAUUAUCUAGAAUUUCCGAACGAAGAGAUCAACCACAAAGACGGCGGAGUGAAAAUCGUCCACCUCAAUAUCAACAAUAUACUCAAUACGCUCAAAAUAAUCCACUACCUCAAGUUUCGAUUCAUGAUCCAAAUCAAAAUUCUCCUUUAAAUUCUCCUAUAAAUUCUCCUAUAAAUUCUGUUGAACAGAAUGAUCAAGUCACCAAUAAUAAUGCUGAAAUGAAAAUGUCUCCUAAUGGUGCUGAUCAAAAACCUCCAAUGAAUUAUCGUCCUCGUCCUCCUGAUUCUUAUCCCUCAGGUUCUCGUCCUGGUCCUGUGACUAAUCCUUCAGGUGCUCAAACUCGUCGUCAAAAAUCUCUUGUAAAACCGGAACGUGCGCAUCAUGAUAGUCAAAAACCUCUGGGUCGUCCUUCCGGUGAUAAAAGAUUAUCUCCAUUAGUUGCAAAAAAGAAAAAAUGUCAAUGUCCAUCUGCUUGGGUUAUGUUCUCGAGAUGUAUUACUUGUUGGUCUCCUCCAUUUUUGUCUUGCUGUGGAAUGAAUGAUGUGUUGGCUCAACAUGCUUGGCGUGAGAAGGUUGCCCUUGUUGUGAUUAUAAUCUCCCUUUGUAUAGCUGUCGGUUUCUUGACUUUUGGUUUUGAUCAAGUUUUUUGUGGCGCUCCUCCCACGAGGAUUCGUACUGGUGCAAUUUCUAAUACUUCAGUUUCUAUACUUGGAAGAGUUUUUAAUAUCAAAGGGUUUCCUCAUCCUACUUUCCCAGGAAUAAAUAGUUCAAAUUUUGAAAAAACUGCUGGUGGUAAUGAUCUAUCAUUCUUGUUCCAAGGUGUUAACUUUCAUUGUAAAGGUCUAUUUGUUCCCAUUAUACCUGCGGAUACUAGUGGAAACGCUUAUAAUUAUUUUCCUUGUCAACCUCUCAGUAAUAAUGAUCCUAUGACUCCAAAUAAUACUUUAAAUCCUGAACGAAGUGGUUGUCAUGGUUCAACUUAUGCAAGAAAAGCUAUAUCAACUUUAAAAUACGUUGGUGAUAUCUUUUAUGAUUGGGAUGAUGUACAAUCUCCGAAUCAUAAUUAUGUUGUUUAUAAUGGACAAGUUUUUGAUAUGGAUCGUCUUCAAUGGACAGUGUCAAAUAUCCAAUUACCUGCUGUUAUUAAACCAUUGAUGUAUGCCAGCACAAACCCUUUUCGUGGUCGGGAUAUAACUUACUUUCUACAAAAGAAUUAUUCAAAUGUACAAUUGGGAAAAUGUAUGGAGGAGACCUUGCGUGUUGGUGUCGUUGAUACAAUAUCUAUUGGUUGUGUCAUUUCUAGUGCCGUAAUGUUUGUAUCAUUACUGUUUAUAGCUGGUGUGGUUUUAGUGAGAUUUUUUUUGGCUGUUUUAUUUGGAUGGAUACUAAGUUGGAGGUUAGGAAGCUUUCGUGAAGAAACUGCUGAAGAAAUUGCAAAAAGAGAACGAGAGAUUGAAUUAUGGUCAAAUGAAAAUAAUCAUUUUUACCCUUCUACAAACAAUUCAAGAAAUAAUUCAACAUCAUCGUUUGGUAUUUUUACAAAAUCUCGAUUUUCUACUCCUAACGUAAAUAGUAAUGCUUUAUCAUACAGAAGAGAUAGUCGCCCAAGUAGUAGAAACGCUUUUCAUAAUACAGGAAAUGGUGCAAUAAAAGAAUUUAAUAGUUCAAGAAAUAGCAGACCAUCAUCAAUUAAUGAAUUUAAUCAAAGUCGCGCUGAUUCAAUGACAUCUACUUCAUCUGCUGCACAAUCAACACCUUACCCAAAUAAUAAUGCCCUUACUGAACAACGUUAUAAUUUUCCCUUAAUGCACACAAUUUUAUUGGUUACAUGCUAUUCUGAAGCUGAUGGUACCAUUUUUGGUGCUGGUAAUGAUUUGUCGACACCAGACAUUUGUGUUUCACUGAUGAAUGAUCAUCUUAUUCAUCCUAAUGAUGUUGAACCUCAUUCUUAUGUUGCAAUAGCUGAUGGUAAAAAGAGACACAAUAAAGCAAAAGUUUAUGCUGGUUUUUAUCAUUAUCGAGAACUGGAUGGAAGACAAGAUCGUGUUCCUAUGAUCACUAUAGCUAAAUGUGGUGGUCCUGGUGAGGAGAGUGAGGCAAAAGCUGGAAAUCGUGGUAAACGCGAUUCUCAAAUUAUUUUAAUGAGCUUCUUACAAAAGGUUAUGUUUAAUGAAAGAAUGACUCGACUUGAAUACGAACUUUUUACUGCAAUUCGAUCCGUCUGUCACAUUACUCCUGACUUUUUUGAAAUUGUUCUUAUGAUUGACGCUGAUACCAAAGUUUUCCCUGAUUCAUUGGUUCGUAUGGUUGCUUCAUUUGAAUCUAUUUUUGGUGGUGUCACUUGUUUACCUGGUUGCUUUUGCAUGUACAGGAUUAAGGCACCAAAAGGAGAGAAUGGAUAUUGGGUUCCUAUUCUUGCAAAUCCGGACAUUGUUGAACAAUAUUCUGAAAAUGUUGUGGAUACUUUACAUAAGAAAAACUUACUUCUUCUUGGUGAGGACCGGUAUCUCACAACCUUAAUGCUUAAAAAUUUUCCUAAACGAAAAACAUUAUUCGUUCCCCAAUCAGUUUGUAAAACUGUAGUACCUGAUACAUUCCGUGUACUUCGUUCUCAACGUCGUCGAUGGAUUAAUUCUACUGUGCAUAAUCUUUUAGAACUUGUUCUUAUCCCUGAUUUAUGUGGAACUUUUUGCUUUUCAAUGCAAUUUGUUAUAUUUAUGGAAUUGGUUGGCACUGUUGUGCUUCCAGCUGCUAUCUCUUUCACAAUGUAUUUAAUAAUAAUAUCGUUCUUUCAAACUCCUCCUCCUAUAGUUCCUUUACUUCUUUUGGCUGCUGUAUUAGGUUUACCUGCUAUUCUCAUUAUGGUAACAACACGUAAAGUUAUUUAUGUUGGUUGGAUGUUUAUUUACCUUUUAUCAUUACCUAUAUGGAAUUUUGUUCUUCCAUCUUAUGCUUUUUGGCAUUUUGAUGACUUUUCUUGGGGACAAACACGUGUAGUGAGAGGUGAAGAUGGUCGAGCUGAUCAUUCAAGAAGAGAAGGUGAAUUUGAUAGUUCACAUAUUGUAAUGAGACGAUGGGCUGAAUGGGAAUUAUAUAAACUUCGUCACAAUUCACAUCAACGAAUACAAUCUGUACAAUUAUCUCCUGACGAAAAUUUCAAUAUACCAUCAACACGCCCAUCAUCAGCAUCAACAAUGUAUGGUAGUGAAAAAUCAGAAUCCAUACCAAUAGCACCACUUAGUGCAAGAAGUGGUGGUAUGAGAAGAAAAACAGAUUCUCUAAUGGUACCACCACCAUUAAGUGAUUCAUCACCAGUUAGUACUGUCCUAAAUGAAGGUUUGGUUUCAACCCCUGGUGAUUAUUCACAAAUGUCACAACCUACUUAUCCAUCACCAUCAAGAUCAAACACAAAUAGUACAAACUAUAGUCAUAGUAGCAAUCUACAUGCUGGUAUUAUUGGAGGUGUUUCAUAUUCAAAUGGAUAUGAAGAAAAUAAUCAUUCAACGUAG